ACUCUCGGGAGAACGCAAAGGGUCACGUCCCAUCAUGGCGGCUGAGGAGGCGGAUGUGGAUAUCGAAGGGGACGUGGUGGCUGCGGCGGCACAGCCCGGAAGCAAUGAGAAUACAGCAUCUGUUUUACAAGAUCACUAUCUCGAUUCAUCAUGGAGAACUGAGAAUAGUCUAAUUCCUUGGACUCUGGAUAACACCAUCAGUGAAGAGAACAGAGCUGUCAUUGAGAAGAUGUUGUUGGAAGAAGAGUAUUAUUUAUCUAAAAAAUCACCUCCAGAAAAAUUCUGGUUUGAUCAAAAGGAAGAUGAUAAAAAAUACACAAAGAGUCCGCAGAAAACAGCAAAAACCAUGGUACAAUCUCCUACAAAACCAGCCAGUUUCUCAGUAAAGUGGACAAUAGAAGAAAAACAGCUGUUUGAACAAGGGCUGGCUAAAUUUGGCCGAAGGUGGACCAAAAUUGCAAAGCUGAUUGGAAGUCGUACUGUUUUACAAGUGAAGAGCUAUGCCAGACAGUACUUUAAAAAUAAGGUAAAAUUGGAUGGUCCAGAGAAGAAAACACCAAAUCAGAAGAACAGCAGUGAUCUUCAGAUUCAAAGUGAAGAUGAAAGCACACCAGUGUGGGCACCAUCAGGUUUAAGGGGACGUGCUGAUCCCAACCUGAAUGCUGUAAAAAUCGAAAAGUUAUCUGAUGACGAAGAAGUAGACAUCACAGAUGAGGCAGAUGAGAUGACUUCUCAAGCGCCCCAGGAGAAUCCUAGCAGUGAUCUCUUAGUAGACAUCCCUAAUAGUAAAAGUCAUGAAACUUGCCGAGGAGAAUUUAUCACCUCUGCCAGUCAGGAAGAUUCCAUUUCUAAAUCUUCGAAAGAAUAUCUUCAGAAUUUAAAGCAUGGUGAGGUGGAAACACUUCCAAGCUCAGGAAUUACAUUUUGCACUGAAAAACAGAGCACCAGUGACAAAAAAACAGUUGAAUUAAAUGAUCAGAAAUCUAAUAAACUGAUAAAAAGUUGUGAUAAGCAUGAUGGAAAUGGAAUAGUAGAUGAUACCAGGCUGUUGCCUUCUCCAGAGCCUUGUGAAGUUCAGAAAGAUUUGAGUGACAAUGAAAUGCUUUUUCAGUCCUACUGCCAAAUAGAGGAGGAGCACCAUGAGGAAGAAGAGCUUAAGCCACCAGAACAAGAAGUAGAAAUAGAUAGAAAUAUUAUUCAAGAAGAAGAGAAACAAGCAAUUCCUGAGUUUUUUGAGGGGCGCCAAGCUAAAACACCAGAACGCUAUUUGAAAAUUAGGAAUUACAUUUUGGAUCAGUGGGAGACAUGCAAACCGAAAUACUUAAAUAAGACCUCAGUACGUCCUGGCCUGAAGAACUGUGGGGAUGUUAAUUGUAUUGGACGGAUUCAUACAUACCUCGAAUUGAUAGGAGCAAUCAAUUUUGGAUGUGAACAGGCUGUGUAUAACAGGCCACAUCCAGUUGAUAAAGUGCGAAUCAGAGACAGAAAAGAUACAGUGGAAGCAUACCAGCUUGCCCAGCGCCUGCAGUCCAUGCGCACAAGGAGACGUAGGGUCCGAGACCCAUGGGGAAAUUGGUGUGAUGCAAAAGACUUAGAAGGACAAACGUUUGAGCAUCUCUCUGCUGAGGAGUUAGCAAGAAGAAGAGAAGAGGAAAAAUGCAAACCUAUUAAAUCUUCAAAAGUGCAAAGACCAACAAAAAGCUCAUUUGAUCCCUUCCAACUGAUACCUUGUAAUUUUUUCAGUGAAGAAAAGCAGGAGCCAUUUCAGGUGAAAGUGGCUUCAGAAGCACUUUUAAUAAUGGAUUUGCAUGCUCAUGUGUCUAUGGCAGAAGUGAUUGGUCUGUUAGGAGGAAGAUACUCAGAAGUUGAUAAGAUAGUUGAAGUCUGUGCAGCAGAGCCAUGUAACAGUCUGAGUACAGGCCUGCAGUGUGAGAUGGACCCUGUCUCCCAAACACAGGCCUCGGAGACCUUGGCUGUGAGAGGCUACAGUGUCAUUGGAUGGUAUCAUUCUCAUCCUGCCUUCGAUCCUAAUCCUUCCCUACGAGAUAUUGAUACUCAAGCCAAAUACCAGAGUUACUUCUCCAGAGGUGGUGCAAAGUUCAUUGGAAUGAUUAUUAGUCCCUAUAAUCGAAACAAUCCUUUACCUUAUUCCCAGAUUACCUGCCUGGUUAUAAGUGAUGAAAUUAGCCCAGAUGGCUCUUACCGUUUACCUUACAAAUUUGAAGUACAACAGAUGUUAGAAGAACCUCAGUGGGGAUUAGUGUUUGAAAAGACAAGAUGGAUAAUAGAAAAAUACAAGCUUUCCCGUAGCAGUGUCCCUAUGGGUAAAAUCUUUCGCCGGGAUUCUGACCUGACUUGUUUGCAAAAACUUUUGGAGUGUCUGAGGAAAACUCUAAGCAAAGUGACAAAUCGCUUCAUUGCUGAAGAAUUCUUGACUCAAAUAGAAAAUUUAUUUCUUUCCAGUUAUAAAAGCAAGCAGGGGAAUGGAGUAGCUGAAGAGAACUGUGCUGUGGGUUCGAAGGAAUUGUUGCUGUAAUGAUUUCAAAGUAUGACAUUUUAAUCUUGACACAAUAGAUCCUACUGUCAUGUAUAACCUUGAAAUUAUUGUAAUUUAGUUAGCAGUAGCACAGCUUUGAUGUUUUUUCUCUAAUUCACAAAAUCUGAACUUUGCCACAUAAACCACGUGACAAAAAAGAAGGGACAUGUUUGCACACAGCGCCACUGUGGCCUGCCGCUGCACCCAGUCCUGCGCGUGGUGGCCAGUGGGCGGCGCUGCGGGCACUGAAGGACCGCCCACUUCACUGUUGUCUUCGGGUUGAUGAGUGAGAUCUGCCUCUGGUUUUUAUUUCUCCCCCAACUGGACAUUCCAUUUUUUCUAUCUCUCCCGUCCUUUCCGUGUGUUUUGAUGAGAUGUGUUUAUUGUUGCAAAUGAGAAAUGGAUGGGUGGUCCCUGAGGCAAUUAACAUGGCUGAGAACUACUGAUUUAGUAAAUCUAACAACGUGCUGUGUGAGGCAGGGGAGGCAUAAGGGAAAAACCUGAAAAACAGAGAGGAGACCCAAAUGAGAGAAUCAAAUUGCUGAUUUUUUAAUCAUAGAUACUUGCUUCCAUUUUAUUUUAGAGCAACAAUACUACAGGAUAUGUGAUUUUCUCAGUUAUCUGAAACGUUUUAUAUGGAUUUCAGAUGCAUAAAAUAAUUAGUUUUAAUUGUAUGCCCCUUUACAUUAGUGUAUAGAUGAUAAAACCUCACUUAACUGCAGCACAGGUCAUCAGCACCCUCAAACUAGGUUUUUUCUACUACCUGCUAUCAGUAGAAAGAGGCAAAUUGCAGUAAAGCUUAAAUAAAUCAGAGAUUUAAUUUUAAAACAAAGCCUUCCACAACAUACUACAUAUGCAGCCCAGUUUUAUAUACUUUCUAAAUCUGGAACAGAAGUCAGCAAACUGUGUAAAGGGGCAGCCAGUCAGUAACUUCGGCUUUGCAGGACACACACAGUCUCUGUCUGAUGGGUUUCAUAUUUUUUUACAACCCUUUAAAAAUGUAAAAUCAUUCUUAACUCAUAAGCCUCACAAAACACAUUGCUGGCCAUUAUCCUCUAACCCCUGCUCUACAGAAUUGUAAAUAAUUAGAAUUUAUCUUCAGAUGGAUGAGCCUGAGACACUGAAAGAUAUUUCAUCAUUUUCAAACAACAAAACACAGAUUUAUGAUUUAUUACAUUUAGGUACAUUGUCAAAACAAUUAUGCUGCCUGAUUUAUCUUAACAGAUUGUAGUUUAUUAACCACUGAAUUAAUUUAUACCCAUUCUCCAAGCAUUCUUAUUAAUAACAGGUUUAUUGUAUCUAAUCUGGGUAUUCUGUGUUUUUACCUUUUUUGGUUAAUCCAUAGCCAAGGAAGAAUACGGCAGUAUUAGAAGGCUCGGUGAGCUAGUUUUAAAUGACCUGGGUAUGGACUCAACCUUGUGACUUUGGGGGAUAAGCUUACCUUCUUCGGACCUAAAUCUUUUGUCUCUGGGGUCUCAGUUAUCUUUCUAGCAUCCUUCUGGGUCUGAAUUCUUACACUUCAUUCUAAUUGUUGGACCACUCACCUGGGACUUUGUAUUUUGAGAUGGUACAGUUCCCAAAUUAGCAAAUGUUUUCAAAGAAAACUGGUAGUAUUUUCCAUUUCUCUAUAUGCAUUUAGGAUAAAAAACAUAACAUAACUUAUAAAGCAGUUACUUGUGGGACCAGGGUUAUAAGAGCUCUGGACCAAAAAUCAGGAAACCUGAGAGUUCUUAUCCAGUUCUGUUACCAGCUUUGCUGUGUUACAGUGAUAAAAAACUACAUAACCUGUCUGGACCUCGUCUAUAAUUCAGUGGUCUAAAUUUUGUGUGUAGUAUUUCUUUCCAAGGGCAGAAAAUCUCUGAUUCUAUACAAGGUAGUAAUUCAUUUCUUUGUACUCUUCUUUUUGACAUAUUUUCUUCAUUAUACAUUGGAAACAGAUCCUAGAAAAUGUUAUUAACUAGCUUUUGUGAUUGAAAUUUCCCUAUGAUAUUGAUAAGUUUGAGUGAUGGAAAAUAGUGGAAAUGUGGAAAUUGUUAGAAGUUCUGUUCUUAAACCUGGUUCCCCUGCAUGCCAUUGGUUAACUAUAUUUACUAAGCCAUACUCUGAGGAGCUCAAAGAUGGUAAUUCUCAAUUUAAAGCUUUAAAAGCACAAUUUUUAAAAUAAAAUGUUUUUUUAAAGACAGAAGCAUAAAAAUAUCUCAAUCCUACUAUCUAGAAAACCAGGGCUAACGUUUUAGUAUAAAUCCUUCCCCCGUGUAAGUGUAGGACAUUAAAAGCUGUGAUAUCUGCUCCCCUCCUCCUUAGUUCUCUCUGCUUCCUUUCCUUCUCUUAGCAUAUUGAACUAGUUUCAAAACUGCAGGCGCCCACAUUUCUGUCACUGCCAACCCUGGGCUACUGAGGGGAGUUGAAGCAGGCAGGUCCUAGGGGAAACUCUGAGGAAGUCUAAAACGGAAUGGCAGCGUGGUCAGUUCAGGAGGCAGGAUCUCAAAGGGAAACCUACCUCUCGUGAUGUUUACAGUAUGGGAGAUGGGGAAAUCUAAUCCUGAGGUAACAUUCAAACAAGGGAAAAUCAGUGGAACAGGAUCAGCAAAAUCAGGCUCUCCUUUCCUCUCCAUUGUUCUACCCGGGGCCCUCGGCCCUGUGUUCGCAGCCUCAUUAUGACGUUCAGGGCUCUAGACACUUGUCCUCUUGGACCUCUUCUUCCAUUAAAAAUUAAUACAUUAUCAUUGCACUUGUAUAAAGUCAAUAUAGUAUUAUCUAUAAAUAUGUCCUUCAAUCUAAAAGAGUUUUUUUUUUUUCUGAAUUUCAAGGAAAUUAAAACAUUUUCAUUGGCCUGAGACAGGAUGCCUAAUUGGAUGAAUUGGCCCUGAAGGCUGUCCUUAGAAAAAAUGUGAGUCACUGUCCGUCCCCUGCAAAACCCGUCUCAUAAACCGUGGUGUAGCUUAGUCGCUCCAGCCAAAGACACGAGAGUUCCUGCAGCCUUGUCUUCAGACGUGAACAUAGUUCUGAAACUCAGCAGUACUGCUGGGACCGUUCAUCCUCAAAAAAGAGAUAGGCAGCAGCAGGUAGUUUUAAUUUUCAGGUAGACAUUUUCCGAUCCUUAGUCUGUAGUUUCAAAACUCAUCAAUAUAUCCUAGCAAUUUUUCUCCAUUUCCCUCAAGCCCUUUUUUCAUCCCCACUUGCUCUGCUUCUUACAAUGUAAGCCUAAGGUCAUUCAUUCUAUCAUUUGUUGAAAGUAGGACCUGAAGAACAGAGAUGAACACACCCAUUAGUAUUUCCCAGAAGCUGAUUAAUGCUGCCCCAGCCUUCUCUCUGUAAUUUUCCUCCUCAUAGGAGUGGGGUGAGGUCUGUGAUGGGCAGACUGGAAGUGGGACCAGAGCUUCUAUAGCUCUCUGGGCAGCAGAAGAGACUGGCUUCAGUGUGCCAACCUGAGCAGCUUCCUGUGUGUCUUGCUGCACCUAACAAGGUGAGCUGUAGGACCUGAAGGAACUGAUAGUCAGGAUGCCCUGGGAUUGAUGCUUUGCCUUGCACCUGUGUAAGAGCCGUAUGACACCUGAACACCUGAAAUGUAGCUCCCUGUCCUCAGGUCAUCAGCAGAUGUCCAGUUGACAGAUUUCUCAGUAGGAAUUAAGUCAGGAUACUCAAAUUUUUUAUUUUUUAUUUUUUAUUUACACUUCUACCAAUGGCUAGAGUCUAACUCUGGAGUCACACUAAAGCAGUAAGGAAAACUUACUUCACUCAAGCACAAAGAAGAAAAGCACAUACAUUUUUAUCAUCCCUUCCAUCAGGGUUAAUGUACAAAUUAAACAAAUUUGAUCUGCUCUCCAGUUUACCAGGAGUUUAAUAAUUUUCUUACAAAUUAAUACCAGAUUUUGCAGUGUUUCCAGAAAGUCACUGUGAAGAAUAAUGUAACAUAUUUAAUUCCUUUUCUUAGGAAUUUAAGAAAAGAAAAACCUUUUCCUAAAUGGUUUUAUGUAUGCCGUUUCUCCAAACGAUUCUCUCUUUCUCGCCCUCUCAUCCCUCUCUCUCCCUCCCCUUCACCCCCUCUCAUUUGAACUGUAAUUUGUGGUUUCUGAUAUUUUUCUAAUCUUUAAGUCACUUUAAAUCCUUUCUAGAACAAGAUGGAGAAGUAUGGUUCCUCCCAGCCCCAAUUAAUUAACUCUUGAUAUCUUCUUGUUUUUAUUUUCUUCCUUUGAAUAUAUUUAUGAAUACAUUCAUAAGGACUGUAAUUUCAGGGGGAAAUGCCUGAUUUGCUAUCUUUGAGGUUUCCUAAAGUAGUCUCUUAGGAAUUAAGAAGGAUGUUAAAUAUGAUUUCAUAGUUUGUAUUCCUGUUUCAUGGGGUACAACAAUAUUUUUUCAACCUAUUAUAAAAUAAUAUUUAGAUUCUAGCAUGACUUAAGUAGAUUACUUAAAUAUAUCUUUAAAUUUAUGAAUUGACAUGUAAAUUGUAUAUUUUGUAUAAGUUUACUGUGAUUAUUGAUAAACCUGUUGCUGGUUUCCCCAAAUGUUAUCAGUGUUUGUAGAUUUCUUUUUAUUUGAAUUUUUGAAUGUUCUGUAACAAAAUAUGAUUUAAGCUAUUUUGUACAUUUAAAUGAUACCAUGUUGUCUAUAUCUGUAUUAAGGAAUAUUGUGGAUAUUAAUGUUCAUACAAUUAUGAAAGCUUUUUCUCAAAAUGAUUGAACUCUCUUCCCUAUACUUAACUGUGACAUAUUAUAAAAUAUAUGAUUUUAAACUUUGGGAUUUAUCUUGUAAAAAUUAAAGGGAAACAUUCUGAAGAUUCUAUAUAAAGUUUUGAAAAUAAAGCAGUAAAUAAUUUUG